UUAGCAAAUGGUUUCUGUGAAAGUUAAUUCUCCUGAUGUGCACUAUGACGACGUAGAGCAUCUUAUUAUAUCCCGGUAUUCUUAUGAAAGUACCCAUGUUUCAUAUGAGGAAGAUAACAAUUAUAUUGCAACUCCGAAGUCUACCGAAUAUAUUUUUAAAACCUCAACGACGAUUCCUAAACUUGGACUUUUACUUGUGGGGUGGGGAGGUAAUAACGGCUCUACCUUAACUGCCUCAAUAUUGGCAAAUAGGCAUUUUCUUACUUGGGAAACUCGUUAUGGCACUCAUCAUUCCAAUUAUUACGGCUCUCUUAUCAUGAGCUCAACUGUUAAGCUUGGCUUUAACGCCCAACAGUCUGCUGUUUAUGUUCCUUUUUAUCAGCUUUUACCCAUGGUUCAUCCGAACGAUAUAGUAAUAGGUGGUUGGGAUAUUAGUCGCUUGAACUUAGCAGCUUCUUUAGAUCGUUCUUGCGUUCUGGAACCCGAUUUAAAACAAAAACUUAACCCCUAUAUGAAAGACCUUAUCCCAAUGCCUUCUGUGUACUAUCCUGAUUUUAUUGCUUCUAACCAACAAAGCCGAGCUGAUAAUGUAUUAUCUGGAACGAAGCAGUACCAUUUGGAGACAAUUCGUAAGAAUAUUAGAGAUUUUAAAAGUAAAAACCAACUUGAUAAAGUCGUUGUUGUUUGGACCGCUAACACUGAACGUUUUUCUUCUCUUUUGCCUGGUAUCAAUGACAGUGCUGAAAACUUGUUAUCAGCCAUCAAAGAAAAUCAUGAAGAAGUAUCACCUUCUACCCUUUUCGCAGUUGCAAGUAUUCUUGAAAACAGCCCUUUUAUUAAUGGCUCACCGCAGAAUACCUUCGUUCCGGGAGUUGUAGAAUUAGCUGAACAGCACCGCGUGCAUAUCGGUGGCGACGACUUUAAGUCUGGACAAACAAAAAUUAAAUCUGUCUUGGUGGAUUUUUUGGUUAGCGCCGGCAUCAAACCAGUAGCCAUUACUUCUUAUAACCAUUUAGGCAACAAUGAUGGCUUGAACUUAUCCGCACCAUCUCAAUUUAAGUCAAAAGAAAUUUCAAAAUCAACUGUUGUAGAUGACAUGGUGGCUUGUAACAAUAUUUUGUACAAAGAAGGAGAAAAGCCUGACCACGUUGUUGUUAUAAAGUAUGUUCCCAGCGUUAAGGAUUCUAAGAGAGCACUUGAUGAAUACGAGUCUGAGAUCUUUAUGGGGGGCCGUAACACGAUUUCGAUACACAAUACCUGCGAAGAUUCCCUUUUGGCCUCUCCCAUAAUAAUAGAUUUAGUUCUCAUCACUGAGUUAAUGACUAGAGUCCAGUAUAAAACGGCGGAGAUGCCGGAGUUUGACGCGUUUCACUCGAUUCUUUCUAUACUCUCUUACAUGCUUAAGGCGCCCCUCGUCCCGGCAGGUGCGCCAGUAGUGAAUGCUCUCUUUCGCCAGCGUAAUGCUAUUGAGAACCUUUUUCGUGCCCUGAUUGGUCUCCGUCCUCAGUCGGAUAUGUUGCUCGAGCACAUGGCUUUUCAUUAG